GACCUCUCUCGACAACAUCAACUAAAACACCACGAUCCAUUCGCAGAUCAGUUUUACGGAUACGAUUUAUCUACUACCAGUGAAAUUACGCGUAUCACAACCGUAUUCCUGCAUACAGAAAUAUUCCCAAUAUGCCUCCUAAGAAGUGGGAAGAGGAGGAAAGCGAUGAGUCCUCAUCGCCGGCUUCUCCAGCUCUCGGCGCCACUCGCCGUAACAAGUUUGAAGAUGAAGAGGAUGACAGCGACGUCUUAGAAUCAUGGGACGCUGCCGAGGAUUCCGAGGUCGAGCGCGAGAAGGCCAAGAAGGCCGCCGAAGCCAAGGCAAAGGCUGAAGCUGAAGCUGCUGCGAAUAAGAAGUCCCGAACUCAACGUAUCGCCGAGCGUCAGGCUGAAAAGGCUCGUCGCCUUGCUGAAGAGGAUGAGUCAAGCGACGAAGAGGAGACUGCGGCAGAGCGUGCUCAACGGCUAAAGCGUGCUGAGAAAGAGGCGGAUCUCAAGCACGCCGAGGAUCUCUUUGGCGGUGCGGGACUAGAUCUCAGGGGCGGCCGUAAGGCAACGACUGCCGGCACUGCCGUGCAAAUAGAUAGCGACCCGAACAAGACGGUCAACUUGUCUUCCCUACCUCUUUUCAACCCCUCGACCAAGUCCCAGUUCGAGGCCCUUCGCAACACCAUGGUUCCUAUCAUUGGUGGCAACCACAAGAAGGCCCACUACGCUUUGUUCUUGCAGGAGUUCACUAAGCAGUUGGCUAAAGACCUGCCCAGUGACCAGAUCAAGAAGAUAGCUAGUGCCAUGACUGCCCUUAGCAACGAGAGGAUGAAAGAAGAGAAGGCUAGCGACAAGAGCGGCAAGAAGACGAAGGCUCAGAAGACGAAGACUAGUGUUGUUACUAGUCGAGCUAACACCACUGAUGUAGGGACCUAUGAUGAUGAUGCCUUUGGAGAUGACGAUUUCAUGUGAGGAACAAGAUAGAGAAAGCAUAACCCCUUUGCGGCUUCUUUCACAACCCUUUCUCUCACAAGCUGCCUUGGCUUCUCAGUUGUUCCCAUCGCAGAUCUCG